GGCCCCGCCCCGCAUAUCCGGCCUGGCCCCGCCUCUUGGCCGGCUGGCAAUAUGGCGUUGUGCGAGGCGGCAAGUGGCCGCAGCUCUCUCCUCUGGCCGCGGGUGUUGCUCUUCGGGGACUCCAUCACCCAGUUUUCUUUCCAGCAGGGUGGCUGGGGAGCAUCACUGGCUGACAAGCUGGUCAGAAAAUGUGAUGUUCUGAAUCGUGGAUUUUCAGGUUACAAUACCAGAUGGGCCAAAAUCAUCCUUCCAAGAUUAAUCAGCAAAGGGAACAGUCCGGACAGCCCAGUAGCAGUUACAAUUUUCUUUGGUGCCAAUGACAGUGCGCUGAAAGCCCUGGAAGGGAGACCCAGCUGUCCUCAUCUUACCAGCGAUGGGAUGGAAGCACAGCCAGGUCCAGCAUGUAGCCCAGGGCGCUGGCUCCGAGACACGUGGCUGCUUCUGUCCACAGCCCAGGCGCGUGGCCACCGUGCUGACAAGGCCCCGGGUCCAGAGCCUCAGAGCGCAGCGUGGAGAGCCGGUCCCGCAGCCCCUUGUCCUCGUUUCUACGAGAACCCCAAGCAGCACGUCCCGCUGGCAGAGUACGCGGAGAACCUGAGCAGCAUGGUGCGGUACCUGCGCUCUGCGGGCGUGCCCGGGUCGCGCCUGGUUCUCAUCGCGCCGCCGCCGCUCUGCGAGGACGCCUGGGAGCAGGAGUGCCGGCUGCAGGGCAGCAAAUUAAAUCGUCUGAACUCGGUUGUUGGUGAAUACGCAGGUGCCUGCGUACAGGUAGCCCGAGACUGUGGGAUCGACGUGCUCGACCUGUGGACCCUGAUGCAGGAGGACACUCAGGAUUUCUCAGCCUAUCUGUCGGAUGGACUGCACUUGUCACCAAAGGGAAAUGAGUUUCUGUUCUCCCACCUCUGGCCUCUGAUAGAGAAGAAAGUCUCCUCCUUGCCUUUGCUGCUCCCAUACUGGCGAGACGUAGCAGAAGCCAAACCGGAACUAAGUCUUCUGGGAGAUGGGGACCAUUAGCCACAGAAAACCCAGUCUGGCCAUUACCUUGCAGAAGUUGCCAAUUUGACGGAGAUCCCAAGAUAAGUGAUCAGACCUUUGCUCAAAAACCACUGAACCUCUGCCACCAAGAUUAAUAAAAGCAUCAGAAUUUUUAGGGAA